GUCAAAGUUCUUUUUAUUUAAUAUACUGUCAGUUUGGUCAGCAUUUGUCAUCAGUGAUAUGCUGUAUCGCAAAUGUGAACGACAAGGCUUUUAGCUCACGCUGUUAGAUGCUGUCCUGUGCGAUCCAAAGCAGCAGCUGAAACGCACAAGUGUUAGAAACUUAUUUAGAUUUACACUUAGAUUUUUGAAUUUUGAUUUUUUUUACUCUGCUGCGGAACUCGCCUCGUCCAGAUUUUGCAUGACUAUGUGAAAAAGAAUUGUGCUGGCAGUUGUUUUUAACUGUGUCAGGGAGUGUUUGUUGUAGAAAAUGUUGCACAGAUGAACAUGAACACUGCUUUCCUGAUACAAAUCAGUGUUCUUAAAAUCUUUGCUGGAAAGCGAGCGCAGCUUCUGUCCAGGUUUCAGACAGUUUGAGAGGAGAUUAAAUGGCUCAAACUGCUUUUUGAGAGGCAUGACCUAUUUUUGAUCAUCCAGAUAGCAUGAGAUACUGUCUACCUAGAUUAAGUUCACAGCAUUUGUGUAGAGUAUAAGCUUGUCUUAGGAAUAACACAUGUUCGUAUUGUGUGUAGAGACAAAGCAUUGUCAGGUUGCCUGUGGCUUUGACAGUGACAGCUGUACAUACAAGACCACUGAGCCUAAUGCACUUAAACAUUGACUCUGUGUUCCAAUAACGUGUUUGAGCAGUCAGUCAAGUAUUUUAUUGCAUCCUGUCCUGGCUUUCUGUAAUUUGUAUUACAAGUCUGAAAAAGAUAUGUUAACAGUGAUCAUAGUUUGACAAAAAAAAAAAUAUCCACAAAUCAGCUUUUGUGUUAUUGUCUGAGGACAAAUCUCAGAUUUAGACAAAUUCACAGGGCCGAAGCACUACAGUCUGUUUUGAAUUUAUGUUAUCAUUUGCAUCAUAACUGUGGCAAAGUUACAAAACUAUAUGCUAAUGCCAAAUGUAGUGAGACAGUAACACAGUCCACUAGCGAACUUUUGUGGUAGACGUGGGCAAGACUUAGCUUUGACCAAAUUGUAAGGGGUCAAAGCACUCAACAGUCUCCAGAGCAACUAUUGAUUUAAGAGGAUGGAUGCUGGUUGGAAAAGUUCAUCAUUUACUAGUAAGUUGGAGCACACUAAUGCCUCAGAAUCUGCUUGUAUGACCCAUCUUCAAGCUGAUCCCUGUUUUUUUAUUUUAUUUGAUUUUUUUUUAAUUUAAGGAGCAUUUUCUUUUAAAUGAGAGUCAAGAGUAGAUUAGUGUAUGAAUUAUUAAAACGUGAAUAUUAUUUCUCUUUUUUUCAGCAAAAAAAAUCUAAAUGAUAUAAGCUAAAUACUUCAGUAUUUCUAUACAACUUAUAUAAAUAUAAACUAAAUCUCUUAUAUUUGCCAGUGAUUUUUAUUUUUGUGAGGGAAAUGAUUCUUUCUGUCAUUGUUACAUUAGAAGAAUUCCCACUGAUAUGACUCAGUGGUAAAAUAUAUUAAAUGUCACUUGUCAUUGUGCCUGUUUGUCUCCAUUUGAUCAUAAGUUUUGUCAUCAUCUCAUGACAGUCAGCACUCAUCUCUUAAUAAACAUGAAAAAGACAUCAGAUGAUACAGUAUUGUGUAACACAUCUGAGUAAUCCUUUGAAAAGUUUGCCCUGUUAUACAGAGAUUAAAACAUAUGAGGAGAGCGAAGUUACAAAGUUGCACCUCCACACUUUGUUUUAAUUAUAAAAGCAGCAGAGUCUGUGGUAGGGCUGUGUGCUAAAGCAGUGAUAAGUAAGAGGCAUUAUUCCUCUCUGCUCCACACCCUCCUCUUCAAAGCACAGGGAAGUUAGUUGCUACACAACACAUUAACGUAACCUCUGUUUGCCUCCAGGAACUGUCCAUGGUACCUGCUGCUCAACAAAACUGGAUUCACAAACCCAUUCACAUAGCUGAAAUACACUUUAAAUGACCGUGAUGGCAAAUUUGGUUUGUACCUAUUUUCAUGUAUUUAGCACACAACUAAAUGAAUGUUAUUUAACUUCUGGCCUCCUUUAAAAAAAACACGAAGAGCUUGUCUUAAUUAUAAACAAAUUGCCGUCGGGUCUUCACAUUGUCAAGUAUAAAAUACAUUUCAGACGAAUACACAAUGUGUUACCUGUUUUUCCACUGCUCAAACUUUCAGUUAGUUAAUCCAGGAAAAUGAAUUAUGUGGAUUUAAUUCAACAAGGUCUCAGAAAUGAUCCAUCUGCUGUUGAGCAGCUGGUGAAAGGAUAAAUGUAAUUAAUUACUUAACUUUUGAAGAGUAUUCCAGAAAAAAACAGUGAUGUUUGUUUGUCCUGCUGGAGAAAAAUGUAAAGCAACAGUGUUAACAGUACCUUUCAAUAUUAUUAUUUAUUUCUCUCAACAUUUGAAUAUAAUUUGCCUGCAGUCUGAAAGUAUUGUUUAAAUAUGCUCUUUUAUAAACGUAAAAAGCCACAGUUUGUCACAGUGGAAAUAUGUCCCUUAAAUUAAAAGAGGUGAUAUUGCAUUGAUUCAAAUUGAGCCAGUAAUAAAGUCAAUAUUAUAAUAUUUAAUGAGUUGUGCAUAAUUACUGAUAAAGGCAAUUUAUGUUAUAUAAAUUAAAACAGGUUUGAGCUGUAUUUUUACUGAUUGGUGCUUUAAAAGUGGAAAGAUUCUAACAAAAGCACUGUAACUGGGCAUUUAUUCCAAAUCUUAAUAAAAUAUUUGGAGCUGCUUAUAAUGUCACACAUGUUUUUAAGCUUGUUGGUAGCAUACAAUAAAAUGAUCUAAAAACGUUAACGUUGAAUCAGGUGGGAUUUUCCUGAAAAGACAAUAAAAGACAAGAGAAAAAAAGGAGGUUUAAGUGAAUACAUAUAUUUGCCUGACAGGGGCAAGACUAUGAAAUGUUCCCAAUUAUUACUACAUGGGAUUUUUUAAAAAUGCCUUUCUUUCCUUUUUUUUUUUUCCCUUCUAAAUAUAUUUCAGAAUUUACCUUGAUUGUAAUGUACCUCAUUGGCUGUGGUUUUGUUUGUUGGCCUAACUAUAAAGGAUCUGCUUAUACCCUUGUGGGUUGGGAAGAAUUAGGAUUUAUGAAUUUAUUUCCUCUGUUGUAUUGUUUAAACAGCUUUGGUUUAGUUUUGAUCCCUUCCUCUUGCCUUUGAGGCUGUUCCACGGUGUCAGCUGUUGACUGAUAGUAAGAGAACUGCCUCACAGUGUGAAUGAAAGAAAACUAGCGGUUGGUAAACACUGAUAAGGGAUAAAUAGAAAGCGGUCAGGCAGAGAUAGUUCUGUGGGAGCCCAGAUUGUGUGCGGUCUGUUAAAAUGAGAUUCUGAGCCUGUCCUUUUUAUUCUUCCUCCCCUCCCCUCCCCUCCCCUGUGCGGCGUUUGUCUGGAAAAUCUCCAGUGACCCGGCUCGGCAGUCCCAGGCUGCAGUAUUCUCUUUUUUGUAUUUGUUUUGUUUUCUAACAAGGGUCAAGUUGGCCAAUAGACAUGUCCCUGAUGCUUAUAGACAGCUGUCAUGACUUCAAGUACUUACAAUAGUUACAUUUUACAUGCAUUCAGGGUUCGGCAACAACACACCAGCAAGCGAAGUGUUAAAUAACUAAAGCUGUACCCAGUUUUAAGACAUCUAUUUCUUUUUUAUUCAACUAUGGUCAUAUAAUUAAUCUCGACAGUCCUCUUAAGUUUUUUUCCCCCCUUUAAGUUGGAGCACAAAUUCUAAUGCAUACUGUAUGUAUACCGUCAAGUAUCAUCAUUCACUUUUGUUACAGUAAAACCACUCUAAAUGACUCUUGCGUUUAAUUAUUUCAGUUUAUUUUUAUUAUCCAUUUUUUUUCCCAUUUUAUUAAUUAUUUUAUAUAUUUUUGUAUUUAUUUAUUUAUUUAUUGAUGGGCUAUCUACCUUUCUUUGGUUUAGAAAAAGACCUUCAGAGGUCUUACCUUGAAGAUCACCAUGUGGUGUAUUUAUACAGAAAAUAAUUCAGACCAUUGUAGCCCAGCAGCUAAUGAGAUUGGUUGUUAAGUGAAUGACACAAAGGCUACAAAAAAAAAGAGGGGGAAAAAAAGCUUAGCGUUUCGGGUGAAUAUCACAGUGUCCCUGCACACACGCACGCACACACAACGCACACACAUACACACACACAAACCCCAACCAAACACACUCUCCUCAGCAGCGAGACUCUGGACUACCCUGUACCCCACCUCGGUAUCCUUCUGCUCCGUCUACCUCCCCGAUGUCCCCGAGAGAUGCAAAACAAAGGCUAAAGGGGGCAUGAUAAUGAAUUACAUGAUCAUUUCCUGAAAGAUAACAAGCGUGAAAUCAUCAACCAGGGUGAACAGUGUGGAUCUGGCAUCUUAGUCUACAGAGCGCUUGGGAAACUACAAUCAAAGAUGGAUUCUGAAGGUGAGGAGCAAACCUUGAAAACAUGUGACAGUAACACAGGGCUGACUGACUCCAUCACUGAGACUCACAGCCCAUAUGGGUCCAUGGCGAGGAAGAGGAGUGCUCAGGAAGGGGUGCAGGGUGCCCCCAUCAACAAGAGAAAGUCCCUGCUGAUGAAGCCCCGCCACUACAGCCCCAGCGAGGCAUGUGAAGAGGAGAGUGAGGACCUGGCACCGCCACAGGACAAAGAAGAGCUGAGGAACAUUGACACUCCAGCAGAUGGAAACUUAAACACAGUCAAUGGAGUGACUAACAAAAAUGGCUGCCAUGAUGUGGCAGCAAAGUCCAGCAGUUCCCUUGGAUGGUCUGAAGUUACGUCUGUUGGCUCGCCACAGUGUGAGCCGGACACAUCUGAACCUCUGAUGGAUGAAGAUGACGAGGAGUUUCUUAAUAAUGAAGAAGACCAAAGUCACGACAGGAUGAGCAGUACGUCCUCGCCACAGAGUCAAUAUGGAGACAUGAGGGAAGCCGAGUGGGAGCCUCUGGCUCUGUCUGCCAAGGUGAACAGCUCAGACUGCAGUCCUUCCAGACUCUCUGAAGAUGUUACAGGCAGGAAUGGGCACGUGAAAGAAGAGCCUCACUUAGAAUUAGGUGGUCCACUGGGCAGAGCGAACAUUUUUCAGGCUGAAGCUUUACGAUACAGGCUGCUCCCCAUGGAGGCGGACAGUGAAGGGGAAGCAGAGGCAGAUAGGCCGCCUCGGCUAGACGCCUGGGCUCUGGGCCUCCACGAGAGAGGCCUUGAAAUGAGCCGAGGGAGGGUAAACCUGAGCCUGCUGGAGCAGGCCAUAGCUCUGCAGACAGAGCAAAGGCAGGUCCUGCACCAUGCCUACAGAGAGAUGGACCGGUUCCUCAUGGAGCAGAUGACCACCGAGAGGAGGCACCACAGAAUGAUGGAGAUGGACGGCAGACUCACCUAUCAUGGAGGAAAAGAUUCUCCACGGGCAGAUAAAAAGGAUAUAAAGUGUCCAACUCCUGGCUGUGAUGGCACUGGUCACGCCACCGGCCUGUACCCUCAUCACAGGAGUCUGUCUGGGUGUCCUCAUAAAGUCCGAGUCCCCCCAGAGAUCCUGGCGAUGCACGAGAACGUCCUCAAAUGUCCUACGCCUGGGUGCACAGGAAGAGGCCAUGUCAACAGCAACCGUAGCACCCACCGGAGUCUCUCAGGCUGCCCCAUCGCUGCUGCAGUGAAAGUCUCCAAACCUCAGGAUGAGAGCCUGAAAUGCAGACAAACACCUGACCGCUCACCGAGAGCCCUCGGCCUAAUAAAGAAAUUCGAGAUGAACCAGCUGAACUAUAGGCUCUCUCACCCGGUAGCAGCCUUACAAACUAGCCUCACAAAAGACAUGGACAAGUACAGCAGAAUUCGCUUUGAUUACGCCAGCUUUGAUGCACAAGUCUUCGGCAAGCAGCCUCUGAUGGGGACCAACCAGGACCCAGAAAUGAUGCAUUACCCUGAUUCCCCUCAGCAGUAUCCUGGCUUCCUUGGUGCUCCAGGUGGCCGCCUGCCCACCUCUGGUCAACACAGCCCGCCGAGUCAAUUCAAAAAAGAAGACAGUCUCCAAGCCGCAGCAGCGACAGCCGCCAUCCUUAACCUCUCCACCCGCUACCGGAAGAACAUGGAGGCUGUCGCCGACCGGCCCUUGGCAACCUCCACAAAGGACAUGCUCAUAGAGGUGGAUGAAAACGGCACCCUGGACCUGAGCAUGAAGAAGUGCAAGGAAAACGUAAAAGCCCAGAGCAGGACGCCUCCCGACGACCCGCUGUCUCCCCCUGAGUCCGCUGUGGCCAAAGGUGGGAGUGUGCUCAUCAGCCCCGCCUUCUACCAGCCGCUGUGUGAGAGAGACAGCUGGGAGAGCCCCAUCCCUGUCAACUUCAGCAAAGCUCGCGUUUUACAGGACAAAGAGCAGGAGGAUUAUGAUCAGGUCUCCUUGGAAGACCAACACUACCAGGGAGAUAGCAGCAUGUUAAGCUCCAAGGCCAAGCUGCCAUUACGGGAUUCGAAGAAAGAGCUUCUGAGCUGUCCGACCCCAGGCUGUGACGGCAGUGGCCAUGUGACGGGGAAUUAUGCAUCACAUCGGAGUGUGUCUGGAUGUCCCCUCGCUGACAAAACACUCAAAUCACUGAUGGCAGCCAACUCUCAGGAACUAAAGUGCCCAACACCUGGUUGUGAUGGAUCUGGACAUGUGACUGGGAACUAUGCUUCGCACAGAAGCUUGUCAGGAUGUCCACGUGCCAGAAAAGGAGGUUUGAAGCUCACACCAAACAAGGAUGACAAAGAUGAGCAAGAGCUUAAGUGUCCGGUAAUUGGAUGUGACGGACAGGGCCAUAUAUCGGGAAAAUACACAUCCCACCGCAGUGCAGGCAGUUGUCCACUCGCUGCCAAAAGACAGAAGGAGUCGUCCAUCAAUGGGAUGCCCUUUGCCUGGAAGUCCAAUAAACAGGAACUGCCCCAUUGUCCCUUGCCUGGCUGCAAUGGCCUUGGACAUGCCAAUAAUGUGUUUGCCACUCACAGAAGUUUGUCCGGUUGCCCGCUGAACGCACAAAAUAUCAAGAAAAAGUACUCCGAGGAAGAGAUGAUGACUAUCAAAUUUAAAGCCAGCAGUGGUGUUGAAAACAAAGAUGAUAUUCAACAUCUGGAUCAUGAAAUAAAAGAACUGAACGAAUCCAACAUGAAAAUAGAAGCAGACAUGAUGCAGCUCCAAACCCAGCAGAUCUCCUCUAUGGAAUGUAACCUGAAGACAAUUGAAGAGGAAAACAAGAUGAUCGAACAGCACAACGAUAGCCUACUGAAGGAGCUGGCUCACCUAAGCCAAGCUCUUAUUAACAGUCUAACAGACAUUCAGCUGCCUCAAAUGGGGCCCAUCAGUGAGCAUAAUUUUGAAGCCUAUGUGAACACAUUAACUGAUAUGUACAACAACUCGGAGCAUGAAUACUCUCCAGAGUGCAAGGCCCUCUUGGAUAAUAUCAAACAGGCUAUUAAGGGCAUCCAUGUUUAAGCUGUGGAGCUACCAAGAGGUUUCUUUGACUUGGGAUAAUGACACUAGAUAGCUCUAUUUUACUGAAGAGUGCUGGCUUGGCUGCAUGUAUAAGACAAGGCUUUCGGAAAUGUGUUUGGCAUUUUCCGGUAAAUACACUGCACUGAGAAAAUUACCAGCCAGAUUUGUAAUGCUUCUACUGUUUCUGCAUUCACUCGAUAUGUUUAUCCUGGUGAGAUUUGUUUUUUUUUUAACCCCUCUUGCACUUAAUUAUUUUGUAUGGUUUGCUUGAUUUUAAUCUGUAUGUGUUCAUGUCACUCUUAUAUUAUUGCUAUUUAUUACUAUAUUUGUUCAUCAGUGUAUUUAUUUCCUCGAUUUUUAUUUAUUUCUAAAAACUGUAAAUGCGUAAUAUUUGAGAAAUCAGUUUGACUUUCUGCACAUUGUAAAUUACAUAGAAGCACAUUCCAAUUUCAUGGCAUACUUUCGCCACCUAGUGUUGAAAAACCUAUAUUAUUGUUAGUAUUAUUAUUAUUAUCAUUAUUAUUAUUAUUAUUAGAACAUAAGUUGAAUCUCCCUUCAAAGUGAAAACCUACCAAAACUACUAAGCAUCAAUGUUUUUAAGCAUUGCUUUCUUUCCUUAUUGGAGACUGAAUGUAUGGUAAGACAAAGUGAACACCAAGAUUUAAAAGAAAAAAAAGAAAUUGCAAUGCAAAUGUACUGUACCUUUUUCUACUCAACCAAUAACAGCUGAAUGCAAUGAGGAGGUGACACUGAGCAAAAAUGCAACAUCAUUCUGUGAACUGAAUGUCGGAUACUGCUUUGCAUAGUGUGACCACAAAAAGAGUGCAACAAAAAUCAAAACGAUCACUUUGUCAAGAUGUCUUUCUUUUUUUUAAAAAACAAAACAAAAAAAUAUAGAUAUUAAACUGCCUUCUGUGCACACUUUUAGUGUGCAUAUAGUAUGUGCCUAAAUGUAUAUGAAUCCAUAAAAAUAUACAAGUACUAUGUUUUGUGGUAGGACAGUAUUAUGUGAAUGGUGUCUGAUUUAAUAUACAGUACAAUUAUUUUCAUAGGCGGAAACGUUCCUGAUGACUGUUUGAAAGCCGUUGUCUCAGUAGCUGUAAUCUCAGAGUCAGGUUUUGAAAUAUCAUGACUGAGAUUGAAAGUCUGGUGUUAAUUUGUUUUGUUUUGUUUUCUUUGAUAGCGCAGAGAGGGGGCAAAUAAGAAGGAGUGGAUAUCUCUUAUCUGCUUAAAGGCCUUAACAUUUCAGCCAGUCUUACAGUUUGAACAUCCUUGGGCAGAUUUGAAUAGUAGCUAUUUCAAAACCGAGCUGACGACCACUGCAACCUGCAUUUUAGUUUCAAUCAUUACAAGCAAAAAAAAUAAAAAAAAUAUAGAAAAAUGAUAGUUGUUGGCUAAUCAGUUGUUUGUUUGCAUCAAUUGCACUUUUGUAUAUGAGUUAUUUUGUGUUUUUAGUUGCCCAUACUGACCUUUGAUAAAAGAAAAGGACCGGCUGGUUAAUCCCCAGAUAAUAAAAAAAAAAAAGAGCUAUCCAUUUCAGCAAUACAUUUCUUUUAAUUUCUGCAAAAAGACAUCAACAACAUGUAGCCUAGGACAUUUUGAAGAUGAAAAUGUAACAGCAGAAGAGCCAAAUUACAGAAAAACAAGACCCUGUUUUAUCCAAAUACUCGACACAUUUUAAACAAUUUUAAUCUUUUAAAAACUGAAUCACAGUCUUUAAAUCUAACGAUCUUUUUCUUUGUAACUUCUUAUAUGUAAUUCCUAUACCACACAUUGUUUGCUCAGGAAGUUUUGUGAAUAAUAUUUAUUUUUUUCCCUGUUAGUAUUUGAUGUUUUGUAAUGUGAAAUGCUUUUUUGUGGAACGAUAUUAGUAUGAUAUGAAAUUGUACUGUAUUUUUCUUUUCUUUUACAUUAAAAUGUAAUGCUUUUUUCAGUUAAGGUAGUUUGUAAAUUUAAACUUCCUAUUACUUUUAAUAUUUCAUAAUAAAGAUAUGCGCUGUGUUGUACAGUUUGUGUAUGGUAGAAAUAAACUUUUCAAAUGGUUGUGUGGUUUCUCAAACGUUUUGAGUCCACCGUGAAUUGACUGCAACCCGUUUUCCUCCCCAAUAAGUCAGCAGGCGUCAGCUUUCACGAUGCAUUAGCAUCACCUAGUGGUGAAAAACAGGGACUGGAUCAGCAGACGCUGGCAGUUCUCUGUGUGCAGUUUUUGUGCCAUUUGGGGCUAAAAUGAAAAUAAAGGGAUAUCAUGGCUUUAGAGCUUUUAGCUGUUGACUGCCACAGGUUCAAGUACAGAUAUGUAUCUUUGCUACAUGCCAAUCCUACCAAUGAAAAACACUGUAGACCUCAAUAAUGUCCCAUAUGUUCAGCUUAGAGAUGCAACUAGUGAUCAUUAUUGAAGAAACGCCCCCAAUAUUCAAUUAUUUGUUUAGUAUAGUGUAUAAAAUGUAAAAACAAAAACAGGUGAAAAAUGCAUUUCCUUUAACCAAAUGUGACAUCAUCCAUUGCUUUUAUUGUCUGACCAACAAUCCAAAGCACAAAAACACACAUCUUCACACUUCAUAACUUACAUUAAUUCAGUUUUACUUUAAAAACAACAUAAAAGGCCAAUCAAUUAUCGAAAUAGCCAGCUACACAAAAAAAAGGAAAAUAUCAAGGUUAUCCAUCUGGACCAAGAGUCAGCCUUUUAUUAAACAGAGAUGUAAUUAUUUUAAUAGAGUUGUGUCAUUGCUGUGACAGCCCUCCUGUUGUCUCAAUGAAAGUCCUGGCCUGUUUAUAAUGGUGAGUGGCUGGCAUAGGGGAGACCUCAGCAAAUGCAACCCGCCUGGGCUUUCCAGGUUAUAACACCUGGAUCAGAAAAACUGGUCAAUCUCGCUCUUCCACUGCACUUGGCAUCCACCCCAUUUGAUGUUUUAUGUCUUGGUUAGCUUAUGUUUGAACAAUUAUCUAUUGUUCAAGUAAACCUUUUGUGUGGAUCCCCUUUUUGUCACAUAAAUGCAACAUUAUGAAAGUUGUUAUGGUCCACUGAAACAGUGUAAAAUGUUUUGUGGACUUCAGGAAGAAUACCUGCUGGAUUGCUGUAAUUAAAAGGCUAUCAUAGGGUGAGAGGCUGGGUACAUCUUGGACACGUUGCCAGUCUGUCACAGGUCCAACAUAGACAGACAGACAACCCUUCAUGCUUACAUUCACACAGUAUCCCCGUUUAGCCUAACAUGCAUGUCUUUAGACUGUGGGAAAACCCAGAGACAACAUCAGCUUUCUUUGAACACAAGAUUUU